GGCAAAGGAAAGGGGCUGAAACCCUGAGAAACAUAAAAUGACGAAUGAAUAAACUCCUCCCUGCCGAAGAUAUUCAGAUGUAUAAAAGGCACACAAGGGCAUACUUAAGAUCUAGAACCUCACAGUCAGCCUUGAGUUUGGUGGAUUUUUUAGCUUGGAAAAAAAAAAAAUGAGCACCAAGCCUCAUAUGAUUAGAAAGUGUUUGUGGCCUGCAUGCCUCAUGGGUCUGCUCAUCACUGGCAUCCUCUCUUUGGACUGUAACUUGCUGAAUAGAGUCACCUGGCAAAAUCUGAAACUUCUGAGCAGUAUGAGGAAUUCAUUUCCCAAGGAUUGUCUAAGAGAAAACAAAGCUUUUGAGAUGCCCCAAGAGAUCCUGUAUUCCACACAGCUUCUGAAAAGAGACAUCAAAGAGGCCUUCUAUGAAAUAUCCCUACAGGCCUUCAACAUCUUCAGUCAAUACACCUUCCAAUCUACUUGGAAAAAGAAAUACCUCAAACGAAUCCAAAUUGGACUUCAUCGGCAAUUGCAAUACCUGGAACAAUGCUUAGAAGAAGAGGAGAAGGAAAAUGAAGACAUGAAAGAGAUGGAGGAGGAUGAGAGUAAAUACCCAGGAGCUAUGGUCUCCCAGCUGACCAACCUAGAGCUGAAGAGAUAUUUCCACAGGAUAAGCAGUUUCCUGAAAGACAAGAAAUACAGUCACUGUGCCUGGGAGAUCGUCCGAGUAGAAAUCAGAAGAUGUUUCUGCUACUUCACAGCACUACUCAGGAAAAAAUAAGGUAUAUUUUUUAAAACUAGAAUUCCAUUUCUCUCCAAAUCCGCUUCUCCUUCAUCUUUUUAAGAAUCAUUAUGCUAGUCUUAGGUCAGCCCUCGGCUAGAUUGGUGGUGGUUUAUGUAAUGUUUACUGUCUCUUAAAGUUUGGCCAAUCAUCCCUGAGUGACCAAGAGUCUUUGUUAGAAAGUCCUGAAUACAGUUUUAAAGGAAUAAGAUUCUCCUCUCCAUCUCCUACUCUCUGUUCUUCUUUCCAUUUGCUAUUUUGUACUUGCUUUCCUAUAUCACCUUUGAACUUCAGGAAGCCAAUGACUAGAGGAUAUGGAUCGGAGUGUGUUGCAAAAUUUAACACCUCAAUAACUUAACCCUCUCCUUGCCAAAGUUGUUUAUGAAAGUUCAUUAUCUUAAAAGAGCUUAUACAAACGUCAAUAGAGUUAAAAUUCUCUCCAAAAAAAAGGUGGGGAGAGUUGAAAU